AUGUCAUUCAACCUGCGCGAAGAGCAACUACGUCAACGUCAUCUGGAUCCGACGUCGUUAGCCGCAUCUGGAGCACCGCCAGUGGUCCGUUUGACACCGCUCGAGGAGCGACUCAUCGAGCUGGGUGUCGAUUACGAAGUUGAACAACAGCAGCGUGCACUUCAGCUGGAAUUUGAGACCUAUCAUCAGCAACAAGCGGCACGUUUGGCUGAACAGACGAACGAUCCGCAUCGGGCGUAUUAUAACGAGUUUCAGAAGAGUCCUCAAAUCCAUCAACAAUCAGCCGAUAACCAAGGAGCAGCCCCUCAGAAAAGGAAAUACACAAAACGAAAGGGUCUCAUCGUGGCGGCCUCGUCAGAAAUGAAAUCACCGGGAAGUACAACUAUGGAGCAACAACAGGCAGCAGCAACAACGUCUUCUGGAUCAACGACAUCUUCUAGUCAAUCGAUUCAUGUGGUACCCCAGCCACAAACACUUCAAGAUGGAACACUGGCACCAGCAUCAUCAGAAGUGACGUCGCCAGUUCCAUCUGUAGCCACGACGCCAUCUACAACGAAGCGGAGUGCCAGUGAUUCACCCCAAGGACCACCGAAAGUCGCGCGUGUUGAGGAGAACGACGUUAUUGUCACUUCUAGUCCGUCAAGUGCAGCUGCUGCAUUCUUCGCCGCCAGCAACACGUCAAUACCAAAUGGUCCCCGCGACUCUAUAAUUGGAAUCUCGGCAGCCAGUCAAGCCCAGUAUCAAGCUCAACAAGCUGCUCAGCUGGCUCAACAACAAGCCGCGGCUCAAGCGGCCGCCGCUGCAGCAGCAGCCACGUCAUCUCUCUACAUCAAUACGGGAGGUGUCCCGCCAGCAGCCACGACGCCAAGUACCGUAGCCCCAGUAGCUACAGUACCCAAUGCCGCCGCACAAGCAGAAGCGCUUCGAAUUCUACAGCAAGGAAUGCCUCCCGGAAUGCCGCCAUUUUUGACACAACAAGCCGCGAAUAUCCCAUUCUUGGCACUUCAACAACAAUUGGCUCAGGUUAAUGGAGCAAAUGGAGCAGCGGCGGCAGCGGCGGCGGCAGCGGCAGCUGGCGGACUCAUUAAUGGCAUUCAAUUUCCACCGAACACUGCGUUGGGACCACAAUUGGCUGGGGCCGCGCUAUUCUCGACAAUGCCUGCUCUACAAAUUAAGAAAACCGGUCGUUGGAGUGGAAUGCACGUAAAAAUUGCCACUGACAUUCAGGAGUAUCGUCAACAACAGCAGCUACUGAGCAAUGAGAAGAAGACGUCGAACGCCGGCAAUUCCACGUCAUCAACGCCCACGCCUUCCAAGAAGUCGUCGCCACAGCAGCAGCCACAAAAACCGAUUCUAUCCGUGCCGAUUGCCCCAGCGCCAACUACUGUAUCCCUCGCGACGACUACAACAACGGCGUCGGGGAUUACGGUACCGAUUGUCAAGGCGGAUAUUGCGCCAACUGCACACGCCCCGCCCACUUCGAUUGCUCAGCCGCCAGCCGCCUCAUCGGCACCGGUUGUGGGGAAUGGAAGAGGAGGCGGACCAGCAGCGACGACGUCAGCUGGAGGAUCAGCAAUUCAAUUCACACAAUUCCCGCCACCACAAUUGUCGGGUGGUCCGUCUUAUGCUGGAAAUCCACAGCUGAUGGCAGCCACUAUAACUGAGGCAGCGCGACGUGUUGCGGCCACCCCAAAACCGCCGAUCGCCCGUCCGCCGUCCGCCGCCCACACAACCCAAGCCAACCAAAUCUCGGCCGCCCAACAGCAACAACAAAGGAAUCUGAUUGGAAUCGCCACGUCGGCCCAACAAGCAGCGCCGGCAACCCAAGCCACGCCCACUCUACAGCAAAUUGCGACGAGUGCUGGAAUGCAACCCGCGCAGGUGAACGAUUUGGCACAACAACAGGCGCUAGCAAUGAUUAUGCAGCAACAGAGGGAGCAGGCGUUGCAGGCCCAACAAAGUCAACAAAUUCUGGCGAUGAUUCAACAACAACAACAGCAACAUCUCCAGCAGCAACAGCAGCAGGCUCAACAGCAACAGGCUGCUCAGCAGCAACAACAAGGAGCACCAGUCAGUGCUCAGCAACAGCAGCAGCAGGCACAACAGCAGCAGCAGCAGCAAAUGAAUAUGAUGUUGAUGCAGCUCCAACAAAACCCCCUGUACGGUCUUCAAAUGGCGCAACAACAGCAACCGAACCUUCCGCCCACGCCAGCCGCCACCCCGCACAACCAACAACAGGAGCUGCUCAGACAAUUGGAGGCCGCCCAACAAGCUCAAAUCAUGGCCCAAGCUCAAGCUCAGGCUCAGGCGCAAGCCCAGGCGCAAGCGCAAGCCCAAGCCCAAGCACAGGCUCAACAACAGGCACAACUGCAACAACUACUACAAUUGACUGCAGCCGGAGGAGGAGCUGGAGCACCUGGAGGACAACAACAGGAUCUGAUUCGAUUGCUCCUUCAAGCUCAACAACAAACAGCUCAGCUUCAGCAGCAACAAGCUCAGGCUCAGCAACAGGCUGCUGCUGCCGCAGCUGCUGCACAUCAGCAACAACAACAGCAGCAGCAGCAGCAGGCUGCUCAGCACCAGCAGCAACAGCAAGCUGCGCAGCAUGUAAGUUUUGGGGAAUACAGUAAUCUUGAAAAUCAAAAUAGGAACCAACAACUAGCAGCCGCACAAGCUGCCGCUGCUGCCCAAGCCGCUGCAGCCAACCGUCAGCAACAAGCCACACCGCAGAACUUUGAAGCCCUCCUCCAGCAACAACGUCUUCUGCAGCAACAGGCCGCUGCAGCACAGCAGGCAGCAGCUGCAGGACAACCGAAUCAGCAGCAACAACUGGCUGCAGCACAGGCUCAGCAGCAAGCAGCCGCUCAGGCUCAAGCUCAACAACUUCAACAGUUACUGCAAAUGGCACAGGCUCAGGCUCAGGCUCAGGCUCAACAGAAACCACCACAGAUGCCCAAUGGACGAUAA